UGUGUUUAUCCAAUUACCAUAUUUUCAAUGACUUAAUUGACCUACCCUAGGCAUUUUAAAAGGAGGCAGACAAUGUGUUGAACCAAGGAUGGUUGAACUUGAUCUUUCUUUCCCUCUUCAGUAAAUGGUUUCUUCCAUAGGGCAGAGGUCAAAGGGUCGAGGUAAAUAGGUCGACUGGUUUUGAGAGGAGCAAAGUACGGACGCCAAAGUACCGUUAUAUCCCGGGUACUAAACCUGAUAUGAAUCAAUUCUAGUCUCAACCUUAUAUGUCCGCGAGUGAACAUGUCCGCGGGUCUGUCGAGCUCCCUGGCCCCACAUGUGGUGGUUGUUGGAGGCGGGAUGGCCGGGGUGGCGGCGGCACAGCGACUGGUCCAGGAGGGGCUGACCCACGUCAAGAUUCUGGAGGCUAGGGACAGAGUCGGCGGGCGGAUCUGGACACAGUAUUUAGGUUCAGACACCACUCUAGAGCUUGGUGCCAACUGGAUCCAUGGUAGUAUUGGAAACCCCAUCUAUGAGCUAGCCAAGCAGCACGGCCUUCUGAGGGAUGAGGUGAAGCCUGGCGACUUGGACAGACCUACUGUGGGGGAACUGAAGAACGGGAAGUUCCUUAUGCCAGGUGGAAAGGUCAUGGAUGAAGCUGUGGUGGACAGCUUUCUUCAGAACUACAAUGAGAUGAUCGAGGAGUGUUGCGCAGUGUUCGAACAAGGAAUGCCUUCUCAGCCUGUGGAUUCAAUAGGAGAAUUUCUGAGCCGAGAGCUCGGUAAACAGCUGGUCUCCUCAAAUGACACCGAUGCUUCAGUCAAGUGCACCAAAAUGGCCCUGCUCCAACACUUCCUGAAGUAUGAGACUUGCGACAACGGCUGCCACGACAUGAGGGAAGUGAGUCUUAAGUACUUCGGACAGUACAAUGAACUUGAAGGCGACCACAACAACACUUCUGACUUCAGUGCCAUCUUGGAUCUCAUCCUGAAAACCAUUCCUCCAGACUGUAUUGCUUACAAUAAGAAGGUCCAGUGCAUCAGGUGGAAAGAAGAAGGCCAGAAAAGGUCUGAUUCUGCACACGCGUACGAUACACAUGGUGUUGAAGUGGAGUGUGAAGACGGACAGGUCUUCUCAGCUGACCAUGUGAUAGUGACGGUGCCCCUUGGCUUCUUGAAGAAAAACUCCCGGACUCUAUUCCAACCUCCCCUCCCAGAAGAGAAGCUGGCCUCUAUAGAGAGGAUGGGGUUUGGUGUAGUCAACAAAAUCUUCCUCACCUUUCAGGAGCCGUUCUGGGACACAGAGUAUGAUGCACUUCAUCUGGUUUGGGACCAAGACGAAAGCAACCCCAAGACUCCAAAGGAGUGGUACAAGAAGACAUACUGCUUCUACAUUGACAGCAAGGCCCCCAAGACCCUUAUGGGCUUCAUAUCUGGGAAGGAGGCUGAGUACAUGGAAACGUUGAGUGAAGAGGAAAUCUCCAACACUUUUCUCAGCCUUCUUAAGAAGUUCACAGGAAAGGACGACAUCCCCAAGCCUGUGAGAACAAUGAUAACCAGGUGGGGCAGUGAUGCCCUGACCUGCGGCUCCUACUCCUACAUACACGUGGGGGAGAAGGGAGACGAUAUCAGCACUGUAGCCGAGCCUCUCUACAGAGACAACACUGAAGUCCCAGCAGUGCAGUUUGCAGGGGAAGCCACUCAUAGUGAGUUUUUCUCCACCGUCCAUGGAGCCUACCUGUCGGGACAGAGGGAGGCCAACAGGCUGGUUAAUCUGUAUGGUAACAGUGAGAACGGGACAAGGAAAUCAUGAAAUGUGACGGUCUUGGAAAUGUUAAAGAGAGAUGUGUAACUAUGAUAUACUUCUCAAUAUUUUGUCGAGGAAAACCACACACUGACUGACACUGA